CAAGCUUAAAUAAGGGACACAGCUUCUUCGUCAUUAACAUUUAACAGCUUACCAUAAACUGAGGGGCCGGCGAUUCUCCGGCCACACAGAGUGAGUGGGCGAUAGAGUGAGUCAAAGAAAGAUAUUCGUCAGUAGUUGAGAGAUUCUUGUUUCAGGCUGCUGAAGAAAUGGGUGCUGGUGGGAGAAUGGCCGUUCGUCCUACUCAGAAGAAGUCAGAACUCGACAUUCUGAAGCGAGUUCCUUACUCGAAACCGCCAUUUACUCUUGGACAGGUCAAAAAAGCAAUACCACCUCAUUGUUUUCAGCGGUCUGUUCUGCGUUCGUUCUCCUAUGUUGUCUACGAUCUCACCAUAGCCUUUCUGCUAUAUUACGUUGCUACCAAUUACUUCCACCUUCUUCCUCGCUCCCUCUCUUAUGUGGCAUGGCCGAUAUAUUGGGCCAUCCAAGGCUGCAUUUUGACUGGUGUUUGGGUCAUAGCACAUGAGUGUGGCCACCAUGCCUUCAGUGAUUAUCAGUGGCUUGAUGACACAGUUGGCCUUGUCCUCCACUCUUGUCUCCUCGUCCCUUAUUUUUCUUGGAAAUACAGUCAUCGCCGCCAUCACUCUAAUACUGGGUCUCUUGACCGUGAUGAAGUGUUUGUCCCUAAACUGAAAUCCAGUAUCAAAUGGUACUCCAAAUACCUUAACAACCCGCUAGGCCGAGCUCUCACACUCACCAUCCAACUUACUCUUGGCUGGCCCUUGUACCUAGCAUUCAAUGUUUCAGGAAGGCCAUAUGAUCGCUUUGCUUGCCACUUCGAUCCAUAUGGCCCUAUUUACUCAGAUCGUGAGAGGCUUCAAAUUCUCAUUUCUGAUGCUGGUAUUUUUGCUGUCCUUUUUGGGCUCUACCGUCUGGCAGCAGCCAAAGGGCUGGCAUGGGUUUUCUGUGUUUACGGAGGACCACUGUUGGUGGUGAAUGGAUUUCUCGUUUUGAUAACAUACUUGCAGCACACCCACCCUUCUUUGCCGCAUUAUGAUUCGUCUGAGUGGGACUGGUUGAGAGGUGCUCUAGCAACUGUUGACAGAGACUAUGGAAUCUUGAACAAGGUUUUCCAUAACAUUACAGACACUCAUGUGGCACACCAUUUGGUCUCGACAAUGCCACAUUAUCAUGCCAUGGAAGCUACAAAGGCCAUCAAGCCAAUUUUGGGAGAUUAUUACCAGUUUGAUGGGACUCCGGUCUUCAAAGCAAUGUGGAGGGAGGCAAAGGAGUGUAUUUAUGUUGAACCAGAUGAAGUUGACCAGGACAAAGGAAUUUUUUGGUACACAAAAUAAUACAAACAGAGCAGUGUGGAUGGGAAAUUCCAAAUUCGUUGCAAAAACCAUUGGCUUCCCUUCCUCUGGUAAUUUAACUCCUUUUAGCUUUUCACUAGUCUUGGUUCUUUUUAAUUUUUUGACCCCCCUAGUUAUGGAAAAAGUAAAAAAGAACAAAUGCAUGGGUUCAGGUUCUGGUUUUUUUCUCCUUGAAAAUGAGUCUUGGUUCUUGGAUGAGAGGGGUUUGUACCUCUGUGUAGUUCAUCAAUCGUAAGAUUUGUAGGAAUUGUUGUCGAACUCAUAGUUUCCACUUUGGGCUGAAAUAGACCCUUCAUCUUUAAUCUUUGAGAUGUGUUUGCAUGGUCAUUGAAUGAAAUUGCUGUGAUUGAUAUCUC